AUGAAACAGCACAGUUGUAGUAAAAAGUAUUCGCGGAAACUUCUGAGAAUUCGGGAAGGAGUAAAGGACGACGAUGUGAAUGUGCACUGGUUAAAACUGCAGUUGGAAACGAUCCGCCGGUGCAACGAAGAUUCGGAGAAAAUUUAUCUGGAGAUCUGCAAUAUUACACCACGGGAACAACGGGAUGAGCAUACGGCAGAAUAUUACCGCUGUGAAGAGCUGUUCAACUCGCUGUAUAUCACGAUCCAGACGAAAUUGGAUGAAUGGAAGAAUGCUGAAGCGAAUCAAGCGCUGCUCAGUGUAAACGCAGCUCCAUUCCACCCUCAACCUCCGAUGGCUGUGAACUCAUCCGCACCACACUUGCAGGUGCCACUGCCAACAUUUGAUGGAAAUCUCGAGAACUGGUAUGCCUUCAAAUGCAUGUUCCAGACGACUAUGCGAAGAUAUCCUAAUGAAUCACCCGCGAUUAAACUGUAUCAUCUCAAAAACUCUCUCAUCGGCAACGCAGCAGGUAAAAUCGACCAGGAUGGGAUCAAUAAUAACAAUUACGAUGCUGCUUGGAAAAUGUUAGAAGAUACAUACGAAGAUGAGCGACUCAUAAUUGAUACACACAUUGAUGCGCUACUGAGCCUGCCAAAGAUGACGGGUGAAUCAGGUGAAGAAUUACGGAAGUUAAUCGAUACAUGUUCCAAGCACGUCGACGCACUCAACAACCGAGAUUUACCUGUUGACGGUUUGGCUGAGAUGAUUCUUGUCAAUUUAGUUGCUAAACGAUUGGACAAGGAUACAAGGAAACUGUGGGAAUCACAAUUGCCAAAGGAGGAACUACCAUCGUUUUCGUUGAUGCUUAAUUUUCUACGCGAAAGAAGCCGUAUUCUACAAAAAGUGAAGGGUUAUUCAGAACAACAGCCAAUCACUGGAACAGCAAAACAACGAGGCAAAUUGGAGCAAAAGAACAUGACAGCUAAAAACUUCGUGCAAACGUCUAAGGAAUCAUGUUUUAGUUGCAAUGGUAAGCACUCUAUCUACAAAUGCAAUGUAUUUAAGGCCCUCGGAGUGAACGAGCGUUAUGGCAAGGUAAAACAAGCAGGCCUCUGCUUUAAUUGCCUACGUCGUGGUCAUCGAACUGUCGACUGUAAAUCGGUGCAAUCCUUUAAGGCAUGUGGAAGAAAGCACCACAGUCUACUUCACGAAGAAAAGAUUCCCAGAUCGAAGAAACCUGAGAUUCCGCUUCCGGAACAAUUAGCAUCGGAAUGUAAGGAUACGACUGAAAGUUCUGCCCAAGAACCACGUUCGGUAAACUGUGCUCAAGCAACAAUCACGAAAAGACAAGUGCUACUGUCGACCGCCGAGAUUCUUGUAUGUGGAUCCGGAAACACCAGCUGGCCUUGUAGAGCUCUUUUAGAUUCAGGAUCGGAUUCGAAUAUCAUUACCGAAGUAUUUGCGAGAAAGCUGAACAUUCCAAUGACAAGCAUCAAUCUUCCGAUCAGCGGGCUGAACAACGCAGAAACAAUAGUUAAACACAAAAUUAAUACAAAGAUUCGAUCACGCGUUAACUCUUUUGACGCCCUUUUGGAAUUUCUUGUGGUGUCGAAGAUAACGACUAGCUUACCAAUUGUUGAACUUAACAUUCAGACUUGGUCCAUUCCUGCUGGUAUUGAUUUAGCUGAUCCAUCGUUUAAUGUACCUGAUGAGAUCCAGAUGAUUAUUGGAGCCGAACUAUUCUUCGAUCUGAUUAAAGAGGGCCGGAUGCGGCUCGGUAAUGCUAUACCAACAUUGAUAGAUACACAUUUCGGAUGGAUUGUUAGCGGAACGGUACCGACUAAUAUUCAAAAGCGAUCACAAACUUGUCAGCUCAACUUGUGUAACGAGGAACUCAAUCGCACAUUGACGAAGUUCUGGGAGCUGGAAACAUGCCGGGAGGCACCUGCUCGAACAGCAACUGAACAAGCAGUUGAAGAUUACUUCAAGCGUACUGUUAUUCGAAGCGACAACGGUCGGUAUAUUGUCAGAUUACCUUUCAAUAACAUGAAGAGUCAGCUUGGCGACUCUCUAGCAACGGCGCAACGUCGGUUUGAUAAAUUAUUGCGAACAUUCAUCGACGACGAGAAACGAAGCCGCUACACGGGGUUUAUGACGGAGUACUUGGCCCUUGGCCACAUGGUGGAAGUCGAAGACCGUCCAGUCGAUGGUUAUUUUCUUCCUCAUCACGCUGUCUAUAAGGAAUCGAGCAGCACUACUAAAAUCAGGGUAGUUUUCGACGCUUCAGCAAAAACCAGCACUGGAAUUUCGUUGAACGAUGCUCUGGAGGUAGGCCCGACGGUUCAAAGCGACCUAAUCUCAAUCAUUCUGCGAUUUCGUAGCCAUCAAGUGGUGCUUACAGCAGAUAUACCGAAAAUGCACCGUCAGGUUCAAAUUCACGAUGACGAUCGAAAGUAUCAGCGUAUUGUGCGGCUCAACUCCGAACGCAACGCUGCAAUUUUCGAGCUAACAACUGUAACAUACGGUUGUUCCAGUGCACCGUAUCUGGCCACGCGUGUGCUGCUUCAGUUAGCAACCGACGAGGGACACGAACUUCCGCUUGCAUCAAGAGUCAUCGAGCAAGAUAGCUACAUCGACGAUUUUCUCACCGGAGGCAAAACACCGGCAGACGUGAUCGCAAUUUACGAACAACUAACGGAAAUGUUGAAACGAGGCUGCUUUGGAAUGCACAAGUUCUGCUCGAACAGUGACAUCGUUCGCAGACAUAUUCCAACUUCAGGAAGCGCAGAUGAACUUCGAGAAUGCGGAUAUAAACAAUACAAUUAA